UCUAAACAGAAACUGGGUGAAGGACUAGCAAAGCUGCGGACGGUGAGAGAGGCUCCGUCAGACUGCAUGUGCCCCCCAGGCCCUCCGGGGAGGCGGGGGAAGCCCGGCCGGCGUGGAGAACCCGGACCUGCAGGGCAGUCAGGACGUGACGGUUACCCGGGGCCUCUUGGUUUGGAUGGCAAACCAGGACCUCCAGGACCAAAAGGGGAAAAGGGUGAAGCAGGGGACAUCGGCCCGAGGAUGGUUUUUCCCCAGCUCAAUCAUGGAUUUCUGGCUAACGAUCAGCUCGUCUUUAGCCGACGAGUGCUCAAGGGCGAUCAAGGUCGAGAUGGAGCCACUGGCCCUCCUGGUCCGCCAGGACCCCCAGGUGCCCGGGGGCCUCCUGGUGACACGGGAAAAGAUGGCCCAAGAGGACCUUCAGGCCCCCCUGGUUUCAAAGGCGAGCCAGGAGAGGAUGGCCCUGUGGGUGCCAGGGGACCUCCAGGACCAAAGGGUGAGACUGGCAUCCAAGGGAAAAAGGGUGAUGAUGGGAUCCCUGGGGAACCAGGACUUAUGGGCCCUAAGGGAGAAAAAGGAAGCGUGGGUCCCAAGGGAGAGAAUGGCACAGAUGGCUUGCCAGGACCCAAGGGUGAACCUGGUGAAAAGGGAGGAAUUGGCUCCAUCGGACCCCGGGGUCCCCCCGGCCUGAAAGGGGAACAGGGUGACACUGUAGUGAUCGACUAUGACGGCCGAAUCCUGGACGCGCUCAAGGGUUCACCGGGUCCCCCAGGGCCACCAGGCCCCCAAGGUGCUCCAGGUCCCAAGGGAGAGCUGGGCUUACCGGGUCCACCUGGACUAGAUGGCGAAAAGGGUCCCAAAGGAGCAAAGGGUGACCAGGGCAGUACAGGGGUCACAGGACAGAAAGGAGAGACGGGAGAAAUGGGCUUAACGGGUCCACCGGGAGCAGAAGGGCCAAAAGGAGACAAAGGAGAAAAAGGAGACACCGGGUCACCGUGUUUGCAGAAUAAUCACAUCAUACCUGAGCCUGGACCCCCCGGAUUACCUGGCCCUAUGGGUCCUCCAGGAAUCCAGGGGCCUAAAGGCUUGGAUGGUGCAAAGGGAGAAAAAGGUGACACCGGUGAAAAGGGGGACCACGGCGAUGCUGGACCCGUUGGUCUCCCGGGUGCUCCAGGUCUCAUCGGUUUACCCGGUACCAAAGGAGAGAAGGGAAAGCCAGGGGAGCCAGGAUUGGAUGGUUUCCCAGGUCUUAGAGGAGAGAAAGGAGAGAGAAGUGAAAGAGGCGAGAAGGGUGAGCGAGGAAUACCGGGGAGAAAAGGAGCCAAAGGGCAGAAGGGGGAACCAGGCCCUCCCGGACUGGAUCAGCCUUGUCCCGUGGGACCAGACGGACUGCCAGUAGCAGGAUGUUGGCAUAAGUGAUCUCUAAGCAUGAAGCACAGUAUGUAAAUAAUGUGAUAUAUUUUGAUCUUUUUAAUUUUUGUAUAAAAAAAGGGAAAAAAAAAAACCUUUCAACAGUAAUAUAUUGACCUUUUUUUAUACUGGAUUCUGUCAUUUAUGGACUUUGAAAAUACUGUAAAGCGCCCAAACCCGUAAGAUACACAUGAUAACAUCAGGAUUUGAUAAAGGUACCAAUGACAGUAACUGGGAAUGAACAGCAUUCAUUGCUAAUGUUGCUGCGUGAACUAACAGCACUGAGACAACGUGUUGCCUAGUGUGCCUUAUCGCAUGAAGGAGGGAGAAAUCCCUAUCCUCAUUUAGCUCUCAACUCUGUAUUUGCAUUGCACAUACACAUUAAAAGGGUGAAAAAAACUGGCUGAAAACAAAGAAGAAGAAAAGGACGCAGCCCUAGAACUGGAAGAAGCUGCUGUAUUACCAUUGGUCAAACAAGAGGAGGACUUGCAACUUGGCAGAGGAAACAAAAGCCAAGCUCCAUUCAUUGCUACCUGCUGCUGACAUGAUGGAAAUAGCAGUUCUUUGGCUAAACAGAACAACCUUGACUACCUGUGGUUAUUUCCACUACUAUCAAGAAAACUUUUUUUUUUCCUCAAGAGGGGAGCACCUCUGGGUGCUGUUCUGGGGUCUGUGGCUGAAAAUAUGCAAGCGCUUUGUUACUGGGGAACCCAAAUUCCCCCAGAAACCUCCACUGCAGAAUUUCAGAACACAAAAACCUAGUAAUACGUCCAGUGUAGAGAGUUGUGGGACAGGGAGGGCUCUGCUGUAGUCUUUUCUUAAACAACAGAGCACAUCAUGUUGCUGUUAAGGUUCCCAAAAUCUGGGAGUUUGGAGUAUUUAAUUGUCUUGGUUUGUAGGGUUCAUUUGCGUUUGAUUUUUCUUGGUUUACAUGGUUUUAAUUGUAAACUCUGUAACUCUGCACACUCCUCUUGUCCUCUUCUUCCUUCUCUCCCCUUUUUUGGUCUCUUUCUUUAAAUGACCACAUGUCAGGCACACCCCAUGCAGAGCAGGGUAAUGAAUAAAAGGACUACGAUAUGACAUUAAGCGAGAUCAAUUAAAAAUUUGCCAACUUUUCACAUUUUUAAAUAUGUUG